GAACAAAGUUGCGUCUUUGUUCUUCUUGUUUCCACACGCUUUCGACUCAUUCAUUGGGAUUCACCUUUUAUUAUUUUUCUUUCAUCUUGGUCCCCAACUUUUUCCUUACUCCAACCAACCAAUCAAUCGCUUCACCCCAGACCCACUUUGCAGAUGACUUAAAGUGUGGUGCUUUCAAGCAUGAGAUAGCAUUAAUGGGUUUGGUCUGCAUUGAAACGAAGGUGGGUGAGAGAAAGUUGGUUCCUUUUUAGGUUCAGGACUCGCGGGUUUUGCUCCACUUUCAAUGAAGGGAUGAAUGGUCACUUGGGCUUUAAGGAUUUCUGUAUCGCCUGCUAGUACUACUACUUAUGUUUCGGAGACUCAGAUGGUUUGUGGGUCUGAAUCAGAAGAAUUGGUCAACCAAAAGGUUGGUCAAUGUUGAACAACAACCUGGCCCUGCAAGGCCAAACCACUUGCCUGUGCUCGAUGCUGUGCAUGAGGUUGCAAUUUACAUUCACAGGUUUCAUAAUCUUGAUCUCUUUGAACAAGGAUGGUACAAAAUCAAGGUUACUAUGAGAUGGGAGAAGGGUGAAGACUCCUAUCCCGGGAUUCCGGCCCGGGUUGUUCAGUAUGAAGCUCCUGAAGUGGGUUCUGACAAUUUAUGUAGAGUCUGGACAAUUGAUGAUACAGACAACAGUUUUUCAACACCACCAUUCCGGAUAAAAUAUGCAAGACAGGAUGUAUUUCUUUCUAUCAUGAUCUCAUUCUACCUGUCUUUUGGUGAAUGUGAGGGACAAUCCUCGGCUGUUAUCUUGAAGUUUGAACUCAUGCAUGCUCCUAUAAUUGAAUCGGGGCCUGAGUUACAAGGUUCAUUGGAUGCAUAUGCUGCUUCAGUUCAUGAAUUUAAAAUCCCCCCUAAAGCCCUUUGGGGAUUGCAUUCAUAUUGUCCUGUUCAUUUUGAUGCUUUUCAUGCUGUCCUUCUUGAUACAAGCAUUCACAUCAGUCUACUAAAAGCUAGUUAUCACACAUCUCGACAGAAGUUGAAUUAUAUCAGUGAUUCCAGAGGUUCGGAAGGUGCUUAUGUUGAAGAUUAUGUUGGAGCAAACAAGGUUAUGCUCAUCAAAGCAUUAUUGGCUUCCUAUGAUAUCCUGCUUGAAGAUUUGAGAAGAAUAAGUGCAGGCAUUGGCAAAGCUAUUGAUUUGACUGAAGUUGCUUUUGAAUCAGAUGCUACAGAAUGGUUUACUUCUACUCCACCUACAUGUGUUAAAAGUGUUGAUGGUGAUCCAUCACUUGAACUGUUUGACAGGCCACAAAAAUCUGCACAUUAUAUCAAUAAUCUCACUGAGAAGUCAAUUGAACCUUUUUCUUGGGAUGAUCAUCUGUUAAGCUCCUUCCAGUCUUUAGGGAAUCAGCUCUUAUGUCUCUGGAAUAUAUUUCUGAAAUUUCACAGGGAAAACAAAACAAAAAUACUGGAAUUUCUUCGCAAGUCUUGGGCAAUUGAUCGGAGAACUGAAUGGUCAAUAUGGAUGGUGUACUCAAAGGUUGCAAUGCCUUAUCAAAAUAUGAGCAAUGAAUUAGACAGGAUGACAUUGUCCCAUGGCAUGCAUAGAAGUUUAAUAAGUACAAGGAGGUUUCUUGAUGAUCCUAUUCAUAUUGCAACAAUGCGUGCAGAACUUCACAGGCGAGGAAUAUCACAAAUGAGGAUCAACAAUCGGUCACUUCAAGACAUGUAUAUAUUUGGUGAUCCUCUGCUGGUUCCUAUUAUUAUUGUAGAACGCUUGACAAACGUGUACCAUUCUGCCAGUGUGAACUCAAACUUCAUUCCUUUGGAGGAUGGAGGGAGGCUUAUCCUAGAAAAUGGAUCCAGAGCCACCAACAAGUUGUGUGGUACUAGCCCACAACAAAAUGAGCAUGUUUUGAGAAUAGUUGUUUUUGUUCAUGGUUUUCAGGGAAAUCAUUUGGAUUUAAGGCUUGUUCGGAACCAAUGGCUUUUAAUAGACCCCAAGAUACAAUUUCUAAUGUCAGAGGCAAAUGAAGAUAAAACAUCCGGAGAUUUCAGAGAAAUGGGAUCACGGCUUGCCCAGGAAGUGAUCUCUUUCCUGAAAAAGAAGAUGGAUAAAGCUUCAAGAAGUGGAAGCUUGAAAGAAAUCAAGCUAAGUUUUGUUGGUCAUUCUAUUGGGAAUCUCAUUAUCAGGACAGCCUUAACAGAGAGCAUCAUGGAGCCAUAUCUAAGAUACUUACAUACAUAUGUCUCCAUAUCCGGUCCACACUUGGGAUAUAUGUAUAGUUCGAACUCUCUAUUCAAUUCAGGGCUGUGGAUAUUGAAGAAGGUUAAGGGCACACAAUGCAUUCACCAACUUACCUUUACAGAUGACCCUGAUCUUGAGAAUACUUUCAUCUAUAAUCUUUCUAAGGAGAACACACUUGCUAACUUUCGGAAUGUGCUUCUUUUGUCUUCCCCUCAGGAUGGCUAUGUUCCAUACCAUUCUGCCAGAAUAGAACCAUGUCCAGCAGCUUCUUCAGAUUUCUCUAAGAGAGGAAAAAUCUUCCUGGAGAUGCUGAAUAAUUGCUUGGAUCAAAUCCGAACUCACUCUGAAGAUAGGGUAGUCAUGCGCUGUGACAUCAACUUCAACACCUCUUCCUAUGGCAGGAACUUAAACACUCUUAUAGGACGGACUGCUCAUAUUGAGUUCUUGGAGUCUGACAUUUUUGCAAAAUUCAUAAUGUGGUCUUUCCCAGAGCUGUUUAGAAUUUAGAUUGUAAAGAAGGAAUCUACAUGGAGUUCAGGCAACAUUGCUGAUUUAGAUAGACAGUGAGGUUGAGACAAGACUUCAAGAAGAUUGAAACUGAAGGCAUGCAUUGUAAUCAAAACAGUUUAGAGAUGUCAAUUCAAAGUCCAUCAAGGGUCAGAACUCCAUGAAUUGGUAUACUUCCAACAGCAUCCUUGGCUCCUCGCAGUAGGAAAAAAAAUGGUGAAUCUGAUUUCUCCCAAAAUGUGUCCACAUUUGGGGUGAGGAACUUGGGGAAUUUGCAGAACAGCAAAUAUGCAUGGAACCUUGGCCGCUGUAAAUUACUUUCUUUUAUAGUUAUAUAGUUUUUUUCUUUUUCUUUUCUCAGUUAUGGAUGGGAAUACACAGCCUUUUGGCCAGUAGGCAGGGUGUAGGCAUGUAUGUAUAAAAAAACAGAAUCAUGGGUUUACCAUGUCUAUUCAAGUUAUAAAAGUCUGUUAGUUCUGUAGGCUUAGGAACCUAGAAAAAUGUUGUACACUGACAGAUUAUAUUCAAAGAGUUUUCUAGAUAACUUCCAUCCUUUA